AUGAGUGUGCUACACUCGCUCGGGAUCCUACUCCUCCUGCUCACGGCGCCGGCGGUGGUGGCGGCACUGUCGGCGGACGGGCUUUCGUUGCUGGCCUUCAAGUCGGCGGUGAUCGACGAUCCGUCCUCGGCUCUUUCGUCGUGGUCCGACGCCGACGCGGACCCGUGCCGCUGGCUGGGCGUCACCUGCGUCAACACCUCGUCCAGCGACGGACUGCGCGUUGUCGGGGUGGCCAUCACCGGCAAGAACCUAUCCGGCUACAUCCCCUCCGAGCUUGGGUCGCUCGCGUUCCUACGCCGGCUCAACCUCCACGGGAACCGCCUGACGGGAACCGUCCCCGCCGCGCUCGCCAACGCCACCGACCUGCGCUCCCUCUUCCUCUACGAUAACCGACUCACGGGGCCGUUCCCGGCCGCGCUGUGCGGGAUACCAAAGCUGCAGAACCUCGACCUGUCGCGGAACGCCUUGACGGGCGCGCUGCCGCCGGAGCUUGGGCGCUGCAAGCAGCUGGAGCGGCUGCUUCUCGCCGAGAAUGAGUUAUCCAGCAACAUACCGGCGGCUGUCUCUGUCUGGCAGGAGAUGGUGGGCCUGCAGAUGCUGGACCUAUCGUCCAACAACCUCACCGGCGUGAUACCGAAAGACCUCGGCAAGCUCUCCGCGCUCGCCGGCACGCUUAACCUCUCCCACAACCACCUCUCCGGCGGGGUGCCCCUCGAGCUCGGUCGCCUCCCGGCCACCGUCACGCUCGACCUCCGCUUCAACAACCUCUCAGGCGAGAUCCCGCAGUCCGGCUCCCUCGCCAGCCAGGGCCCCACCGCGUUCCUCAACAACCCGGGGCUCUGCGGCUUCCCGCUGCAGGUCCCCUGCCGCGCCGCUCCUCCUCCGUCGUCGUCGUCGUCCCCACCGCCUCCGUUGUCCUCUGCCGCCGCUUCCAACGGCGGCGCGGGCGGUGCACGGCAGCCGAUGAAGACCAGCCUCAUCGUGCUCAUCUCGGUGGCCGACGCGGUGGCCGUCGCGUUGGUCGGUGUCAUCGCGGUCUACGUGUACUGGAAGGUCUGUGACAAAGACAAAGGCGACGACGACGAGUACGACGAGGAAGGGCGCGGCCUGUUCCCUUGCCCGUGCUGCAUUCGCGCCGACCCGUGCGGCGACUCGUCCUCGGAGUGCUCCGAGCACGACGGAAAGUGCAACGGUGGCGGAGGAACUGGAGGAGGAACCGGGGAGGCCGGCGAACUGGUGGCGAUCGACAAGGGGUUCAGGAUGGAGCUGGACGAGCUGCUGAGGUCGUCGGCGUACGUGCUGGGCAGGGGCGGUAAGGGGAUCGUGUACAAGGUGGUUGUGGACAAUGGCACGACGCCCGUGGCCGUGCGCCGGCUCGGCGGUGGCGCCGCGGCGCCCGAGCGGUAUCGGGAGUUCGCCGCGGAGGCAGGCGCCAUCGGGCGCGUGCGCCACCCCAACGUCGUCAGGCUGCGCGCCUACUACUGGUCCGCCGACGAGAAGCUCGUGGUCACCGACUUCAUCAACAACGGCAACCUCGCGACGGCGUUGCGCGGCCGGUCCGGACAGCCAACCCUAUCAUGGACCCUACGACUGCGGAUCGCCAAGGGUGUGGCGCGUGGGCUUGCGCACCUUCACGAGUGCAGCCCACGCCGGUUUGUCCAUGGCGAGGUCAGGCCCUCCAACAUCCUGCUGGAUGCCGACUACAACGCGCUUGUCGCCGACUUCGGCCUCACUCGCCUCCUCACCAUCGCCGGCUGCACCGACGUUUACUCCGUGGCAGGGUCCGGCGGCAUCAUGGGCGGCGCGCUACCGUAUGCUAGGCCCGCCGCUCUAAUGGACAAGUCCAGCGCGUAUCGCGCCCCUGAGGCACGCGCGCUGGGGGGCUCACAACCGCCGAGCCAGAAGUCCGACGUGUACUCGUUCGGCAUCCUGCUACUGGAGUUGCUCACAGGGAAGUCACCAGAGCAUGCCUCACCGUCCGUAUCGUCCUCGUCGGUGCCAUCCCUGCUGGGUCACAAUGGGCAGCGGGAGCUAGAGCAACAAGCUUCGGAGCUCGUGAGGUGGGUGCGGCAGGGUUUCGAGGACGUGCGGCCGCUAUCGGAGCUGGCUGAUGCCACCUUCCUGAGGGACGCCGCCGCACGGAAGGAGGUUGUCGCGGCGUUCCACGUCGCGCUAGGGUGCGUUGAGGCAGACCCGGAGUGCCGACCACGGAUGAAGGCCGUGUCCGAGAGCCUUGACAAGAUUGGGGCUUGA